CAUUCUGUGAAGAGGGGUGCAGAUAUGGUGGAACUUGUGUAGCCCCUAACAAAUGUGUCUGCCCUUCUGGAUUCACAGGAAGUCAUUGUGAGAAAGAUAUUGAUGAGUGUGCAGAGGGGAUCAUUGAGUGUCACAACCAUUCACGCUGUGUUAACCUCCCAGGGUGGUACCGCUGUGAGUGCAGAAGCGGUUUCCAUGACAAUGGAAGCUCUUCUCUUUCCGGGGAGUCCUGUGUUGAUAUCGAUGAGUGUGCCUUAAAGACCCACACCUGUUGGAACGAUUCAGCCUGUGUGAACCUGGCAGGAGGGUUUGAUUGCCUUUGUCCAUCCGGACCAUCUUGCACUGGAGACUGUCCCCAUGAAGGCGGCUUCAAGCGGAACGGGCAGGUGUGGACCCUGAGGGAGGACAGAUGCUCCGUUUGUUCCUGCAAGGAUGGGAGGAUUUUCUGCCGGAGGACAGCCUGCGACUGCGAGAACCCCAGUGCUGAUCUCUUCUGCUGCCCGGAGUGUGACACCCGUGUCACCAGCCAGUGCCUCGACCAAACUGGGCACAAGCUCUACCGCAGUGGGGACAACUGGACCUACAGCUGUCAGCAGUGCCGUUGCCUGGAAGGAGAGGUGGAUUGUUGGCCUCUUCUGUGCCCAAAUCUAAACUGCGAGUACACAGCCGUCUCGGAAGGAGAGUGCUGUCCCCACUGUGUCAGUGACCCCUGUCUGGCUGACAACAUCGCUUACGACAUCAGGAAAACCUGUCUAGAUGGUUACGGAAUCACAAGACUUAGUGGCGCUGUAUGGACAAUGGUGGGAUCUCCUUGUACAACCUGCAAAUGCAAGAAUGGGAACGUCUGCUGCUCGGUGGAUUUAGAGUGUCUCCGCAAUAACUGACGUAGUCAAACUGGACUGUGCUGAGGGAAGAGAACUGAUGAAGUUAACACCUGAAAUGAAGUUGUAUGCGUUGGCGUUUUAUACACAGACAAUUACCAAAGUCUCCGCAUGAGGAAGAUGUUUGGGAGUUGCCUUUGGGACCUACCACUAUGCUCAUCCUUGCUAACCUUGUCUGGGUGACUUACAGUACAGCGCAUAUAAGUCAAUGGUUGUUAAAAGUUUUCAGUGUUGUAAAUUACACACUUUUCCUGUCAAGACAUUUGCAAAUACGUUUGAAUUAUUUCAUGGGUAAACUAAUGCUGUAUUUUUGUUUUAAUUUGUGUAUUUGACAACAUGAUAGAAUUCAGCUCUUCUUACUUUGGAUCUAGAUUUUACAAAUAAGACAGCCUGUUGUGAUUUUAUCUCAUGAUACCACUUACUUAGUUCCAAGGUCCCUGUCAGAUGUAUUUAUGAAAAUAUGUAUGUAUGUACAGUCAAAUUGCAUAGUACUUAUAUUUCACAGC